UUCAAGCGGAUAAAUCUCACCGGCCGAACGUUCUGACAGUUGACCAAAGCAGUAGCUCGUCAGAAUUUAGGCUAACCCGAAAAAUAGUUUCAUAGCGUAAAUGUUCUAAGUUACUUCCGACCUCCGUUCUCUAUUCUGCUGUUCUUGAAGACCGACCUGCGAGUUUGGCAUGUUGACUUGCUAAUGUUAGCUAAUUAGCCCCAAAGGGGACACUAGUAGCACGUUGGCUUUGCUAGCACGGCAAACCUCGCCGUUCUAUGACAGGGUUGAACGUUAUUUGACUUGAGCUGUCUACCCGCCGGAUAGCACGGUUAGAAACCUCUAUCGUCAAGCGUUUGUCCAGGCAUGGAGAGUGACCGGGUGGACGGUGGCGAUCAGGGAGAAAACGUCAACGUGGAGGUGCAUGUUAAGUCUCACAGCACAGCGCCACGGUCUGAAGUGAGGCUCCAUGUUUUAGCUCUGCUGAACCGCCACAGCAUGUUUUUUGGAAACUACACGUGGACAGAGUUCGAUAACGAUUUCCUCAGGAAGCACGUCGAAACGGUGGCUAUAGUUGACGUGGAGGAAACGCCAAUUGAUCUGAGGAGGUGCUCCGUCUCCAUCCACAUGUUCACGCUGAAUGACGAGGGUUCCAGCACACUCGUUUUGGAGGACAAUGAGGAACUCUCAGCAGCCAAUCACUGGCUACUUCCAGCCGCGGAAUUUCAUGGGAUUUGGGAGAGUCUGGUAUAUGAGAGCCGUGUCAAAACCCAGCUCUUGGAUUAUGUUUCAACAACAAUUUACUUCUCAGACAAGAACGUUGACAGCAACCUGAUUACAUGGAACCGUGUUGUGCUUCUUCAUGGCCCCCCAGGGACGGGGAAGACAUCGUUGUGCAAAGCCCUUGCCCAGAAACUGUCAAUCAGGAUGUCGAGCCGGUAUUCUUACGGACAGUUUGUGGAGAUAAACAGCCACAGCUUGUUCUCGAAGUGGUUUUCGGAGAGUGGUAAGCUAGUCACCAAGAUGUUCCAGAAGAUCCAGCAACUGAUAGAUGACAAAGAUACCCUUGUGUUUGUUCUGAUCGAUGAGGUGGAGAGUCUGACAGCUGCUAGAAACGCCUCCCAGGCAGGAACAGAGCCCUCUGAUGCCAUCAGAGUGGUCAACGCUGUUCUUACACAACUGGACCAAAUCAAACGAUAUUCCAAUGUAGUGAUCCUGACAACCUCUAAUGUGACGGAAAAGAUUGACCUGGCAUUUGUGGACAGAGCAGACAUAAAGCAGUACAUUGGGCCGCCGUGUGAGAAGGGCAUCUAUAACAUCUACCUCUCCUGCUUGGAGGAACUCAUGAAGUGCCAGAUAAUCUACCCCCGGCUGCAGCUGUUUACCUUACAUGAGCUGGAGACAAUGGGCUUUACCGAGAGCAAGGUGUCGCAACACAGCCUGACACUCAGAAAUAUUGCUCUAAAAAGCAAAGGCUUGAGUGGCAGAGCGCUCAGGAAGUUACCAUUUUUGGCUCAUGCAAUGUUUGUCAAGGCACGAACGGCGACUCUUGAACGGUUUUUGGAGGCUAUGGACCAGGCUGUGGAGAAACAGAAAGAGGAGAAGAGUAACCUGACCGACAGCGUUUGAAUCUUUUCGCGGUGCUCAAAAACUGGUACCAAACGGUUGUUGUGCCGUCAACGUUCUUUCCCGUUGAUCGGUAGUUUAAAGAAGUAAAACCUCUGCCAACUUUUCAUGAAGCUGUAUCACCGCACUUGAUUUUAUUGUGUUGGCAAUGGUGACAGCCUAUGGUAAAAAAAAAAAAACAUCUUUUUAACAAAAACUGCCUUUAUCAUAUUUCAACUUUAGAUCAGUUUUCAUUCAGGUGGUGUGAUGGUUCUGUUCAGUGCUCCAGUUGGAUCAUAGCACUCUUAAUCUCUGCACCCUCCAGAUGGUUUUAGGAUCGGGUUGUCUGUUCUUUCAUUUUCUAACGUACUGUUAUUAACUAAAAGGUUUGCUUCAUCGUUGAUAUUUACAAUUUCUUUGUCUUUUUUUAACAUGCCUUUUAAAUUUGUUGGCUAUCUGUAGAGGAAAAAAGUCCGUGUUUUGCCAUUGGUCGGUUCAAAGAAAGCGUCACUUGAUCAUUUUUCA